AUGGUCUGCUUAGGGACUGGAGCUUUGGGCUCAAUGCCAGAUCUUGGCAAGAAGCCCUUGGCUUUGGGGACUGGUGAUCUGGGAGGGCAGCAGGACAUUGUUGUGGGUGAACAAGAUGAUGCAGCAGGAUUCUCUAGCAAGACAGAGACAGGUCAUGUCUGUGCUUCCCAACAUAGUUCAAGAUUUUGGAAUCUUUCUCAGCAUUGUGAACCUGUGUUCUGGUACUAUGUGAAGGAAGUCCUGAAUAAGCAUGAACUGCAAUGCUUUUACUCCCUUAGAAACAUCAGCACAGAUGUGGGAAGAGGGUGAGCUUGGCUGCAUUGUGCCCUCAAUGAACACUCCUUGGAGCGCUACAUCCACAUGCUGUUGGUAGACAAAAUUAGACUGGGCAUUUUCUAUGAAGAUUGGGCCUUUGUGAUGGAUGAAGAACGGUCUAGUAUGCUCCCUACCAUGGCAGUUGGUCUGAAUUCUAUACUCUUUGCAGUCAAUAUUGACAACAAAGACCUGAAUGGGCAGAGUAAGUAUCUUACUGUCUCUUACCUCCUAAAGGAGUCUACUCAAAGUAUGACCUCUUUGCUGAAAGAAUCCACUCAAGGUAUCAGCAGCCUUCUUCGAGAGAUCACAGCAUCUUCUGCUGUCUCCAUCCUAAUCAAAUGGGAUCAGGAAUCUGAUACUUUACCAGUUGUUUCUAGAAUUGUCAAUACUGAUUCAAAAUAUAAAAAGGAUAGAAAAAAGGAAAAAAAGGUGACUAAUAUAAUUUCAUUUGAUGAUGAGGAAGAUGAGCAAAACUUUGGGGACAUUUUAAAAAAGACAGGUGGAACAGGAGAAAGUUCAGAAGAGAAUUUGGAUCGAUCAUCAGUUAAUAUCAUAUCCACUUUUGAAAGUCCCUUUGGGCCAAAUUCUAAUGGAAGCCAGAGUAGCAACUCCUGGAAAAUUGAUUCGAUAUCUUGUAAUGGGGAAUAUGGAUACCAGAAGCUGGAUGUGAAGAGCAUUGAUGAUGAAGAUAUUGAUGAAAAUGAAGAUGAAGUUUAUGGAAAACUACUUGGGCAAAAAAGCAUGGAAUAUCACGCAGAAGUUUCUGAGCAGCCCCAGGAUGGUAACACCUGUCUUUCACAAAUGCACAGCUGGGCCCCCUUGAAGGUGCUUCAUGGUUAUUCUGAUGUUCUUUUUCCUCUCAGUGGAGUGGGAUCUUAUUCUCCAGCAGAUGCCACCUUAAAUAAUCUGAAAAAUGGCAAUGGACCCCACAGCAGCAUUCUCACUAGGUCUGAACAUCAAUAUAGUGUAGAAGCCAGUCCUCCAGUCCAAGGAAGUCCUUUAAGCAGCCUCUUGUCUACCACACCUAUGCCAGAAUCAAUGACAAUUAGUGAAUUGCAUCAAGCUAUUGUGGCUAUGAUGAAUAGAAAGGAUGAAUUGGAAGAAAAAAACAGAUCAUUACAGAACCUGCUUGAUGGAGAGAUGGAACAUUCUGCUUAG